AUGUUCGUGGAUGCAGAUGGAACUUUCAACAACAGCAACAUGAAAUCCUAUGUGAUGGAGAAAGCGAAAGAGCCCGGUGCAACAAAUAUGAUUUCGGAGGCGCUCGUUGCACACUUGCUGAAGAUUGCGCAAGAGGCGGCGGAGGCAGUAUCCGCCACUUCGCAGUCUUCAACUCUGCUGAUGGAGAAUGGGACUCGGUGUGGGGAGCAAAUUCUGAACUACGACAAGGUGGAGAAGGUAUUUAUUGGAGGGAUUCUCACCAUGCUCACGCUGUUUACUAUCUGCGGGAACUUGCUGGUGGUGAUUUCGGUGUGCUUCGUGAAAAAGUUGCGGCAGCCGUCCAACUAUCUGAUAGUGUCUCUGGCGGUUGCCGACCUUUCAAUCGCGCUGGCAGUUAUGCCGUUUCUAAUUAAUCAAAUGCUUAUUUUGUUGUCCGUUUUGAGGUACCUGGGCAUAACCAAGCCUCUGACCUACCCUGUGAGACAGAAUGGCUGUUGCAUGGCCAAGAUGGUGGUGUCCGUGUGGCUUCUGUCCGCCUCCAUCACCUUGCCCCCCCUCUUCGGCUGGGCCCAGAAUGUAAACGACAACAAGGUGUGUCUGAUCAGCCAGGACUUUGGUUACACCAUCUACUCCACCUCAGUGGCGUUCUACAUCCCCGUAUCCGUCAUGCUCAUUAUGUACUACCGCAUCUACCGCGCCGCCAAGCUCAGCGCCGCCAAGCACACCAUCACGGGCUUCCCGCGGGUCGGGGAGGAGGAGGCGCGGGGGGGAGAGGAGGAAGCCAUGGAGGAACAGGAGGAGGACAGCGUGGACUGUGUGUCGGCCGCUCUGAGGCUCCACAGGGAGGUGGAGGAGUGCACGCGAUUCUCCCGGCUCGUGAGGAGCAACCGGAGGAACAUGUCCAUCUUCAAGCGGGAGCAGAAGGCAGCAGCCACCCUGGGGAUCGUGGUAGGGGCCUUCAGUGUCUGCUGGAUGCCUUUCUUCUUACUGUCCACGGCCAGACCCUUCAUCUGCAGGGCGGACUGCCCUAGCUGUGUGCCCUUGUGGGUGGAGAGGACCCUGUUGUGGCUGGGCUAUGCCAACUCCCUCCUCAACCCUUUCAUUUACGCCUUCUUCAACAGGGACCUGAGGACCACCUACAGCAACCUGCUGCGCUGUCGUUAUCGCAACAUCAACCGCAAGCUGUCCGCCGUCGGGAUGCAACAAGCCCUCAAACGGGUGGAUAAGACAGACUCUGUUAUCUAAAUGGUGUUAUUGUUGUGGUGUUGUGGGAGCUGCCACACUGAGCACUAGAGUCGACCACGUUCUCUCAAUGACAAUAGGUCAAUGUUAUCUGCCUGCCUGGUCCUCUACUUAAGAUCGUGCAUGUCCAGACACAGUCUAGACCUUAUUGGUCAGGUCUGAUUUAUGAAACAACUAAGAAUCUAUCCUUCCAUCUGAAUGUGAGUCCAUGGUCAUUGGCUUUGUGUCCGUGACGUUACGGUGCUUUUAUCCUGGGCAUUUCUCAGUUGUGCUGUGGUUGUGUAGCGUGGUUCGUUCUGCGUUGUGUACUUUUAAUUAGGACGCUGCCACAACUGGAGGUCUGCUGGUUGAAUUCUUUUUAUUUGCCCUGCACACGAAGAGACAGCACACAAUAUUUUAGCCCUUGGCACAGUUACAGCUCUCAGGCACCUUGCUAGCCGAAGGUCAGGCAAAAUGAAAUGACAGGUUCUGUGUGCACACAUUCAAUGCACAACAGCACUCAAUACAAUACAAGCAAAAUGAUACCGUACAUAAUUUGGACAAAGUAAAAGACAUACCUGCACAUGAAGAGACAACACACAUUAUGUUAACCCUUGGCGCGGUCCUAGCUCUCAGGCACCUGCGCAAGCACACGGACACUCACUCAAACACUGUCCCAAGUACUCACAAGUUACAAUAGAUACCCUAGUUAGCGAGCUUUGUGAAACUUGUUAACAUAAAUCUUUAUAUUAUCCACAUUGUAACAAACUUAUGGUAGCAUAACAGUAUAUUGUAUAACAUUAUGACGGUUUUAUAUUAAACAAUUUCGGAGCCAAGGACAACGUACCUUGCUAGCCGAAGGUCAGGCAAAGGAGAACAAUAAGGGGUAUGGAAAUACAGAUAACCCGCGAUGGACCAAACCAAAUUAUACAAAACUUUUACAAUCACAUGUCUGUACAAUAUUGAUAUGAAAAAGUGUUUGUACACCAAAGAAAAACAUUAGCUAUGCAGCUGUAAUUAAAUAACAAAAUACACUGAAUUAUUAUUAUUAUUAUCAAAUUAUUAACAUCCCCUCUUGACCUGGCCUAUUUGAAUUGGUCCUUGUUGCAUAAUCUGGUAAUUUGGUGCAUAAUCUAGGGGAACAACAUCACACGGCUACAUUUGAAUUGGUCCUUGUUGCAUAAUCUGGCAAUGUGGCGCAUAAUCUAGGGGAACAACAUCACUACAUUUGCACAAACACGAUGCCUCAGAACAAGCCAUGAUGCUUAGCUGUUUCUUGAUGGGGCAAUCUACAGCUGAUCCAUCCAUUUUGUUGUUGUUGACUAUAUUAACAAAAGUAUGUGGACACCCCUUCAAAUUAGUGGAUUUGGCUAUUUCAGCCACACCCGUUUCUGACAGGUGUAUCAAAUCUAGCCCAAGCCAAGCACUGUCCAUAGACGAGCAUUGUCAUUAAAAUGGCCUAACUGAAAAGCUCAGUGGCUUUCAAUGUGGCACCGUCAUAAGAUGCCACCUUUCCAACAAGCCAGUUCGUCCUGCAAGAGCUGCCCGUCAACUGUAAGUGCUGUUAUAGUGAAGUGGAAAUGUCUAGGAGCAACAACGGCUCAGCCGUGAAGUGGUAGGCCAC